AACGUAGGAGGAGGAUGUUGUAGUAAUAUUAUUUAUAUAUAAUCUAUUUGGUGGAGUAUAUGCUUUAAGGAGAUUCCAACCAUAAAGGUUUUGCCUUAUAAAUAGUAAGCUUGCAAUUAGUAGGAACUUCAUUCUCAUUUUAAAACACACCACCUUAUAGAAAUACUACAAAAAAUUCUUUAUUAUACGAUAUAAUAAGUUGUUGAUAUAUUGUAAUAUUAAAUUCAAUUAAUAUUACAAUGGCAUACAACAGCUCAAUAUUGUUGAUCUUCAAGCUAUUAAUCUUACAAUAUCUCUCCGUCCUUUGUGUUUCACAGGAUAACUUUGAUUUCUUCUACUUUGUCCAACAAUGGCCAGGAGCAUAUUGUGAUACAAAGCAACAUAGAUGUUGCUACCCAAAAACAGGAAAGCCAGCAGCAGAUUUUGGAAUUCAUGGGAUGUGGCCAAACUACAACGAUGGUUCAUGGCCAUCAAACUGUGAUCCCGACAGCGUCUUCUCUGUUCAUGAGAUAUCAGACUUGAUGGGCCGUCUCCAAAAGGAAUGGCCCUCUCUAAGCUGCCCCAGCAGCAAUGGAAACAGAUUCUGGUCUCACGAAUGGGAAAAACAUGGGACUUGUUCCGAGCAACAACUAGACCAGCAUGAUUACUUCGAAGCAGGUCUCAAGCUCAAGGAAAAGGCCAACCUACUUAAUGUCCUCAGAACUGCUGGUAUUGAGCCAAAUGACAAUUUUUACAGCUUGGAGAAAAUCGAAGAUGCUAUAACAGAGGGAAUUGGGCAUGCCCCAGGAAUAGAGUGCAACAAGGAUUCAGAGGGUAACAGUCAACUUUACCAAGUUUAUUUGUGCGUCGACACCUCUGGAUCGGACUUCAUUGACUGUCCCAAGCUUCCAAGAGGAAGAUGUGCCACAAAUGUUCAGUUCGCCAAAUUUUAACAACACCAUUUCAACACUACUUUCUACUUUUACUUGCUUCUCUACUACUUUUCUUCUUAUCAAAUAAAAACGUUUUUAUUUUAUUUAAUGAUUUUGAUUACAUAGAAUCAAUAUUUUUUAUUAGCCUCUUCUUAAAUUAUACUGUUGUUUUCGUUAACUUGGAUCUUGACCUGACUGGUGUGUAAUGGGCUCAACUUCUUUUGGGUUUAUCAAACCAAACAGGGAGUUUUACUUAGCUUAGCCCUAUGAAAAAAAAUAAUAAAUAAAUUUUGAUA